CAUUUACAGAAUGGGCAAACCAGCCUCCCAGCGGAAGACCAAGCUUGCUAGCGGUCAACGUUGCCGGCAGCUCUGCAAGCGCUUCCAGCGGGCGUCGCUCUCCUCUCGCCGGUGGUACCUUCAUUCAGUCAUCCUGUGAGUGUUCCACUUCCCGACGGAGGCCGAGCACUCACACCGCGGCGGGGGUACCCGUCACCGCAGAACCGGGUGGCUGGCUCUCCUCCAGGGAGAAAGCCUGUCACUUACACUUUACUCAACACUGUUAGGAAGUUACCUAGAAAAGUACAGACAGAAGACCUAGGCUUGCGUUUUAGAAUCGUGGAGUGUUAGCGCUGGCCAAAUCGUUGGACACAAUGUAAGCUUGAUCAGGAAAAUGAGCUCCAGGGUCUCACAGACGGGGCCUGGAAUCUUGGCGCAAUCUGCGACCCUCACUGCCUCCUACAGUCGGGGCUGAGCGUUCUUUCAAACAGCCAAAGUAAUCACUUAAGUCCAGCAAUGAUCUCCUUGGAGAAAUCAAAAGAUCCUCCCUAAGAGACGGCCUUGGAGGGCAUCGCCCCUGGGGCUGGGCACAGCACGUCUUCCCGGCCCCGGCGCUGGAGGAGGGUUUGGGGACAGCGGCCGCACUCCGGACCCUUCUUCAGAUUGCACAGGAGGAGGCGGUAGCGGAACCUUUCUCCUCCGCCUGGUUCUCGCUUCCACCCGGGCCCAGUUGGGGACGGACGCACUAGAGGCGACCUAAACAUGGAGACAGCGGGCACUGCAACUGGGCAGCCGGCCUCUGGGCUGGAGGCUCCGGGGUCCACGAAUGACCGGCUUUUCCUGGUUAAAGGUGGAAUUUUCCUUGGUACCGUUGCUGCAGCGGGAAUGCUAGCUGGAUUUAUUACAACAUUAUCAUUGGCUAAAAAGAAAAGCCCUGAAUGGUUCAAUAAGGGAAGUAUGGCCACGGCUGCAUUACCGGAAAGCGGGUCUUCCCUUGCCUUGCGAGCUCUGGGCUGGGGCUCACUGUAUGCAUGGUGUGGGGUUGGUGUGAUUAGCUUCGCAGUCUGGAAAGCUUUAGGAGUUCACAGUAUGAACGACUUUCGAAGUAAAAUGCAAUCAAUAUUUCCAACAAUUCCCAAGAACUCCGAAUCGGCUGUUGAGUGGGAGGAAACAUUGAAAUCCAAAUGAGAUGAGCAUGGAUGAAUUUCAAAAUGCUUGUUACAGAAAGGGGUGGCUCUGGAGACACCAUGACAGCAAAAGGACUGGGACUGAUUUCUCCCAGGAACAUGGGCAGAUUGCUGACUGAACCAGUGCACUGGAUAGCAUUCGGCCUCAUCACAGGAGAGUAUGUGUGUGCGUGCUGGGGGAGGGUAAAGUUUUCCCAAAGUUAAGAAGACUAUUUAAAAAUAGUAAUUACAGGAAUAACUUCCUUAUGUGGAGGGGACCCCAUAGGAAAUGAUUCUGUUUGUAACAGUUGAAGCAAAUUUCAUACUAAAAAAGUUUAUAAUAAAAGUAUGAUAAGAAAAUAUUUAUAAAACAGACCCCCUAAUAGCAAUAGUACUGCAAUGUGUCUAAUUAAAGGAGUUUUAAGAGCCUUUCUUGUCAAUAUAUGACAGAACUUGGAAGUCUCAUUCUGAUUAGCCAGACUACAAAGUGACAGUCACCUGGUAAGUCCUCUAUGGUAGGAAGUGGGUGUGGCUCUCAUGUCCUGAAUGUGGUCUGUGAUUUACAGCCAGCACACACAUGCUAGUUAUUUACCUGAUGCCCUUGCUUGAAAGCCCUAUAAAUUCUUAUACUUAAAACAAAAAGCCAGUAAUAAGUUGUGAUCACCCCAAAAGGCACAGUUGGGCUAAAAUAAUGAUGAUAUCAGGGGUAAACAUAUUUUUUUGAGAAGAUGGUCUGGAUCUCUGAACACUGACAAUUUGUCAUUUUGUCUCAGUUGUCAAAGUAAAAAAAGCCCAGUUGUCAUCCGUCUUCAAUAUUUUUAACCAGAAAGUCACCUGAAUACUGAGUCCCAAUAUAAAGUAUUUGGGACCACCUCCCUAACAAAGCUGUUAGGGUAAAUUCUGUGUGCACGCCCAACUCCCUCCUGUCUUCCACAGUCUCCUACAAAAAAAAAGAUGGAGAAUAAUGUCUACAUGCAAUUAUUUUUACUGCAAUUGUAUUUUAAAAUAUUUUCAAGAAGAGAAAUACUUUAAUAUGUCAGUAUGUCCAGAGAAAAAACCUGUCGUUAAAUAUCAGUUGUGCAAUUUCUUCCUACUUGCCUAGGCUCUAAUUAGUCAGCAAUCAGGUUUAAUAAAGGACAUUUGAAAUUUC